AUGGCUGCUCCUCCUGCAAGAGCUCGAUCCGAUUACGAUUAUCUCAUAAAGCUUCUUCUCAUCGGUGAUAGCGGUGUGGGUAAAAGUUGCCUUCUAUUGCGUUUCUCAGAUGGUUCAUUUACAACAAGUUUUAUCACAACCAUUGGCAUUGAUUUCAAAAUAAGGACAAUAGAGCUUGAUGGUAAGCGAAUCAAAUUGCAAAUAUGGGACACAGCUGGUCAAGAGCGGUUUCGAACCAUUACAACUGCUUAUUACCGUGGAGCAAUGGGCAUUUUGCUUGUGUAUGAUGUCACUGAUGAGUCAUCUUUUAACAACAUCAAGAAUUGGAUUCGCAACAUUGAGCAGCAUGCUUCUGACAAUGUCAACAAGAUAUUAGUUGGGAACAAGGCUGACAUGGACGAAAGCAAAAGGGCUGUUCCAACUUCGAAGGGUCAAGCUCUCGCUGAUGAAUAUGGUAUCAAGUUUUUCGAAACUAGUGCAAAAACUAAUAUGAAUGUGGAUGAGGUUUUCUUUUCAAUAGCCCGGGACAUCAAACAAAGACUUGCAGAAACUGACUCAAAGACCGAGCCCCAAACACUCAAGAUUAACCAACCAGACCAAGGAGCUGGGUCUGCUCAAGCCACACAAAAAUCUGCUUGUUGUGGUUCUUAG